CGUGGAUUCAUUUGUAUUUUAACAGUUGUAUCUUUACUAUUGAAACUGAUUAUAUUGUCACACCAGGCCUUUGUUUAAUCUUUAUCUAGUGAGGAAGUAAUCCAAUGUAUAGAUAGGCAUUUUUACAUUUUCGCUUCGUACAUAAUUUAGAGCUAAUUUAGUACAGGAACACGGCGUCCAUUUUCCUAAUAUUGACACUGUGCUGUGCGGUUUCACAUGGUUCAUUCAAACAUGUUCACGAGUUUGAAAAUAAACAACCAAAGGACCAACGCCUGGAUUUGAACAUGCUGGAAACAUUAACUCACUUUUUCGAACAAACAAAGAAACAACCGAUCAGACUGAUGACAUGCACGGCAUAUUCUAGGGAAAUGAUGAUGAGUGCAUACAAGGCAGUGAAAGCAGACCUUUUGCCAGUUGAUAGAGCGGCAAUCAUGUAUGGUGAGCCAAAACAAACUCUGAGGGACAGAGUCUUGAACAAAGUCAAGAUCAGCUCAAGGUGGAGAAAACAUUCAUUAUUCACCCAUGAUGAAGAAGAACUGCUAGUUAGCCAUCUGGAAGGGUUGGCCCAGGUUGGGUAUGGCAUAAAUCGCUCUCAGUUGAACUUUCUUGCAGGUGAUUUGGCUGUGAAACUGGGAAGACGUUUAACUGACUCCAAACUAAGCAACACUUGGUAUUAUGCAUUCUUGAAACGAUGGGUACACAGGCUGAAAGUUAAAAAACCAAGGGGCCUUUCGUCGACACGAGCAGCCGCUGUCACACAGGAGAAUAUUGACAGCUACUUCAGGAAUUUGGAUGCUGUUCUAACCAAGUACUCACUGAAGUGUAAGCCACAUCUGAUAUAUAACCUGGAUGAGACUGGCAUUCAGCUAGAGCAUCGAUCAUCAAAGGUCAUCACAGGCGUUUCUUCAAGCAAAACUCAAGCUGUCACCUCUCCGAAUACAGGCACCACAACCAUUAUAGCGUGCGUAAAUGCGGCCGGAACAGCACUUCCCCCUUACUAUGUGUUCAAGGGGAAACGGACAAAUGAUGAGCUUUUGAAAAAUGCAGCAGUUGGCGCAAACUACGCCAUGUCAGAUUCUGGAUGGGUAAACGGGGAGGUAUUGAUGAAGUACCUUGAAGAACACUUCCUGAAAUUUGUUCAACGAGGAUCAGGUGACAUUUCCCAACCCAUACUGCUCAUAUUUGAUGGCCAUGCUUCACAUGUCUCCAUUGACAAAGUCACCUGGGCAAGAGAGCAUAAUGUCAUACUGUUUGUGCUACCCCCACACAGUUCUCAUGCCCUCCAACCAUUGGACAUUACAUGUUUUGGGCCGUUUAAGUCCAUAUUCCACAAUGAAUGCCAUCUAUUUAUGGCUAAGCAGAGGGGAAGAGUCAUUACAAAAUAUGACAUAGCUGACUUGUCCGGGAAGGCAUACUUAAAAUCCAUGACACCAGCAACAAUCCAGUCUGGAUUCCUGAAAGCGGGCAUAUUGCCAUUUGAUCCGACAGAAGUACCUGCUGAAAUGAUAGUGCCGUCUAAAUCAUUCCCCAAAACUAUUCCAUUAUUUCCAAUAAGAACCAUGAAAGAGGCCCUAGAUGAAAAAUCAAUGGAAACAGCUCCAAAAGCCAAACCUGAAAAACCAAAGGCUAAUGAAAAAGAGACACAGGACAAAAAGAAGAAACCAAAACUGGGUGGAAAGGCCAUUACAGAAGACCCUACAUACUUGCAGCUGCUAGAAUACCAACAACAGAGAGCAGAAAAUAACACAAAAGAAAAAACAAAGAGAUCAAAACAAAAUUUGAACAUAUCACCCCAACCAAGCACAAGCAAAGGAAAUAUCAUGGACUCUGACAUUGAAAGCGAAAUUGAAGACGAAGAUCCGGCUAAAAACUUUUGUAUGUGCAUGAAGUUUUCACCGCCAGGAUUGGAUCAGUGUGAUGAACUUGUGGUCGUCAAAUGGGCCCAGUGCACAGCGUGUGGUCAUUGGUUCCAUCUGAGAUUUUGUUCACAGAUCCGAGUGGUGCGCCGGCUAUCUGAUUUUUUCUGUCCGCAUUGUGCUGAAAGAGAGUGUUAAAUCUUUUGACAGUAACUUCAUCUGUUAGGUUGUGUAAAUAGUAUUUUUUUAGUGUUUUGGAUCAGUUUAUUUCAUUCCAUCAGUAUGUUAUGUUUAUAAUUGUUCUUGUUGUUGUGUAAAUAGUAAGUGACUAACAAUUAAUUAUUGAGUUUAUGCACAACCAUGACUUUUGCAUAUUUGUCAAUUACAUCAAUUGUGAAGAUAUUUUGCAAUGUAUGUUUAUUGACUUUUGCAUUAGCUUUAUUAACAACAGAAUUGUGCUGUUUUUAUUAUUGAUAAUUAUCGAAUUAAUUAUUUGUUUGUCAUUUAGAUUAUUUAUUCUUGUAGAAAAAAAUACAAAUUGCAUAUAUAUUCAAUAAAAUUUUAUGAUUAUUGUUUGAAAUAAAUGAGUUGAUUAAUAUUCUAUAAAAACACACACACAAGAAAACACUUUAUUGGUUUGCAGAUUACAUUCAAUAAAGAAUGUAACCUGCAGUUUAUAUUAAUUAGUGUGUUUACAGCAUGACAUAUUUGCUUACAUACAACAGCCAAUCAGAAUCCACGACUCAAGAGAAACGUAUUUCCAAGAUGGCCACUUGACAUGACAUAAACAAAACAAGUAGUUAGAAGUGUUGUAUUUGUUUAAAACAACAAAAGUAUCCAAAUUGAUUAACAAACUGAUUUACUUGUACAAUAAAAUCUUUAUUAAUUUUGACUUUUUAGUUAAUACAAUAUUUUACCGAUUUAUACACAAUUACCCACGACUUAACAAGGCUAUAGCAUAUGUGUAACUUUUUGUGUUCAGUGGCGCGUGUAACCUUUUUUCUUGGUCUGAGGUUAUCUGACUGUUCGACUGUUUGACCUGUUAGGAUGCAACGUAAAAGGUAUAUGUAGAUCUCAAAUGGAGAAGUGCAGAACAAAAGAAGCGUUACUUUGAACCUUACACUUUUCUAUUCAUUUAAAGUGUUUUUUUUUCACAUAUAUAUUUAUACGGAACAUCUUGUUCUCAUUAUGAAUGAUAGCAUGUUUAAAUGUCAAAAGUGUAAAGAGCUCUCAAUUAGGAGGAUUAUUAUGUAUUUGUUACUUGUUUUCGUUACCUUCUACGAACUAAUAUGCCAUCGACUGGGUAUACAUUUAAGAACUGCACGCUGACAUUAUGGUUUCUAAAAAUGUCAAUAUGUUUUAAUUCUAAGAUAUAUGUGCAUGAUGUCUUCUGAUAUAUUUUAUA